UGUUGAAUUUUAUCCAUAUCUUUCAGAUAGCAUCCAUUUGCUCUAGUGGAAGGUCUCCCCGCCUGUGGCAGUGGGGUUGGAACUAGAUGAUCUUUAAGGUCCCUUCUAAUCCAAACCAUUUUAUGAUCUCAGCUCUGGGCAACUCUCUAAGGCAGUAAUGUCCUCACCAUCCACUUCAGCAUUGGAGACAAAGAUUUUCCAGUACAUUGAUGAACAUCAAAGCGAUUACAUCAAGGAUCUUAAGGAAUGGGUGGCCGUGCAAAGCGAUUCUGUUCAACCAGAUCUAAGGGAAGAAGUAAUACGAAUGAUGGCGUUGGCAGCUGACAGACUUGUGGCACUGGGAGCCAUUGUUAAUUUAGUAAACUUGGGGUCACAUCAGUUGCCUGAUGGCCAGGACCUCCCACUGCCUCCUGUGAUUCUUGGGGAACUGGUGAAGGAUCCACAAAAACCCACUGUAUGUUUCUAUGGUCAUGUGGAUGUGCAGCCUGCUAAGAAGGAAGAUGGCUGGAAAACUGACCCUUACAAACUGACUGAAAUCAAUGGAAAUCUCUAUGGGCGUGGAGCAACAGAUAAUAAAGGACCUGUCCUAGCUUGGAUAAAUGCAGUGGAAACAUUUAAAGCCUUGAAAUUAGCUAUGCCAGUGAACUUCAAGUUUGUAAUUGAAGGCAUGGAAGAAGCAGGGUCCUUGGGGCUAGAAAAGUUACUUCAAGAAGAAAAACAGUGCUUUUUCUCUGAUGUUGACUAUAUAGUGAUUUCGGACAGCCUCUGGCUCAGCAACAAGAAGCCUGCCCUUACAUAUGGGAGUCGGGGAAAUGCUUGCUUCUUUGUGGAGGUUGAAUGUGGCAGCAAGGACCUUCACUCUGGAACUUUUGGAGGCAUCAUUCAUGAGCCGCUGAUGGACCUGAUAGCUCUGUUGGACAGCCUUGUGGAUCAUACAGGUCGUAUUCAGAUCCCUGGAAUCUAUGACAGUGUUGCUUCCCUGACAGAGGAGGAGAGGAAAUUAUAUGAAUCUAUUGAAUUUAAUCUAGAGGAACAUAAAAAUAAUAGUGGUGUGAAAAAAUUCCUCUAUGGCACCAAGGAAGAAAUACUUCUACACCUGUGGCGUUACCCUGCUCUCUCUAUUCAUGGGAUUGAAGGAGCUUUUCAUGAACCAGGAAUUAAAACAGUCAUUCCAGCAAAAGUCAUUGGCAAAUUCUCAAUCCGUCAGGUCCCCAAUAUGGACCUUUCGGUUGUGAAACAACAGGUGGUGGAGCACUUGGAGAGUGUCUUUUCCAAGAGGAACAGUCCAAACAAACUGAAAGUGUCUAUGCCUUUGAGUGCGAAACCCUGGCUGGCUGAUGUUAAUGAUCCACUAUAUAAAGCAGCAAGAAAGGCAAUAAAAACAGUUUUCAGAGAAGAACCAGAUUUUAUCCGGGAUGGUUCAACAGUUCCUGUUGCCAGAAUGUUUCAGACUAUCAUGCAGAAAAGUGUGAUAAUGCUUCCAAUUGGAGCAGCAGAUGAUGGCGAGCACUCCCAGAAUGAGAAAAUAAGCAGACACAACUACAUUGAAGGAGCCAAAAUGUUUGCAGCCUUUUUCCUGGAGAUAUCAAAGCUACAUCGGCACUUACAUGAAACUUCCAAUAUGGAGACUAACAACUGAUAGACCAUCACAAGAAAAUCAGUGAAGCGCUUUUUUAGUCUUCAGCUUUUUAAUUUUCUGAUCUGGAAAAACAUAAAAAUCGCAUAUUCAGUGGGUCUGAAUUGGUGGAAAAAAUAAUUUCCAUGUUAUUACUCGGCAUACUACUAAAUGGCAUGCAUUUAUCUUAUCCCUAAUGCUAUAAAAUAGGGUUAUGGAUGAUUCAUUCUUGCUGAGUGGAAUACAUUAUGUUUUAGUUUUAAAAUUCAAGGCAAAGGGAUUUUUUUUUACAUGUAUUUUAUUAAAAUUGCUUUAUUUAUGUUUUGUAGUAUCACCAUGUUCAUGCUGCUUAGCACAUAUUCCAGUUUCUGGAUAUGAGCAAUACACAGCACUGUUGUUUCCUCCUAGUAUAAACAAAAUUUCAUUAUGUAAUUGUUUGAAGAAAGAUCCACUAUCAAGUUAAUCUCUUCCCUGUCCUUCACAGGAUGCUGUAAAUAGGAAAUGCAAUAUACAAUUAGCUUGCUGAAUUUGAUGUAAAGACUUGUCUAUGAACAUCUAUUUAUGUGAAAAGUCGCUGAAGUCAACAGAACUGCAAUAAACAUUUACAGGUCUGGA